CAACCACGAAGCAGCAAAUCUUUCAGAAAGUGCGGCGGCCUUUGGACAUUUCCAAUGGCGAUCAUUUUCCGAACAGUAUGUGCAAUUCUGACCGUGCCUUUUGCGAUAUUGCAGUCAGCUCAGCGGUCACUUACAGUAAAUAAUCUCCAUCGUAGCCGCAAGAUCAGCACCUUUUUUUCUGGAUAUUUGUUGUAUAUAGCUAUUGUGAUUUUGUCCAGGUCCUUCUUUUAUUCCAGUCCGGAAAAGGUCAAGUAUGUACAGGACAAGGUGGCCUUGCCUUUGCCGCAUAGGCUGCUGACCUUCGUGAGCCAGUUUGCGCACCUCACUGUUGUGUCACAUGAGAUGACCAGUGGUUACUUUGCGUGGGCUGUCUUGAAUGAGUACGGAGUGCUGAAGGCAUCCGGCUCCUGGCUGGAGUUGCCCCGGCCCUUAGCAUUUUCCUGCCGGUUUUGUAUUGCAGGGAUUGGAUCUGAAAGGUAUUUUGUGGUUGCAACGUCAGUGGCUCUUUUCGUGGCCAUAGUCUUUUGGGGAAGUGCUCUUGUCGAUCCGGCACUCAUGGCUCCAGUAGAUGUAAUUCUGCCAGCUCAUUAUCAGCUCACCCCUGACUUCAAGCAGCACCUACUUUUUGGAGCGAUGUUUGGGCCAACAGACCCCGAACCUGCUUGCAGCUGGCAGACACCUUUCAGGCUUUUCAUGCAGUAUGUCCAUACGCUCUGCCCACUUUUGAUGGUUGCUGAUAUGAUGGUGGCAGAGCAUCCACUGGGACAGGCUGACAUGGAGAUCAAUGCUACGCUGUGCUUUGCUUUAGGCUACCUAGCUUGGAACUUCUUUUGCUGGUGGCUUCUGCAGACUCCUCCGUAUCCUUUGCAGAAACGCUUCUUUGAACUUGGGGUACCAUGGGCCCUGUUCGCCUACUCAGUUCUCAGCAUUUUUGCAAUGUCCCUGUGUAUAUACAUUCGGUGGGUCCGUGCCGUCGGAGGAAUAUUUGGUGGAGCUCUUUCAGUGGCCUUGGUCUGCUGGGCCAGCACUGGACUGCAGCCCUGGAGAGGAGAGCUUGCACGUAUCCAGGGGCUAGAUCCUGAGGUCCUUAUGCAAGGGUGGCAAUCAGGAGGCCGCAGUGCCUUCUUGACAAAAGAAGCUGAGAUUAAAUUCAUAUCCCAGAGCAAAGCCUCGUAGGAGUUUGAUGGUCGCAUCGCAGCUAGAACCUGCUGCCAUGUGGAAUGGGCUUGUGGAAUCCGCCACAUCUCCAAAACUGUGAGUCAAAGGAAUUUGUGCAGCAAUGCCUCGAGUUGUUUUGCACCUACCUUACGAAGAUAGCCCUCGGACUCGUUUAGCUCUGUGAAUUGGG